GCUGUUUAUAGCUGAUCUUUGAUAGUCCCAAGAAUAGCAUUGAUCAUGUAUCUUCAUUUGUUUCUCGUUGUAUGCUUUUCUUCAUUCUGUUCUUUUUAUCAAUCGGUGUAAAUGGUUCAUUCUAGGAUAAAGCUGCUUAUCAUAAGGCUGCAAUGCCGCCAUUGUUAUGUCUACUGAUAAAUUUGUCUUUUUCGAGUAUAUAAGUGGUUGAUUGACGAACUAUUUCUGUUAAAUUAUGUCUACAACAAUUCAGCAAAGUAAUUCUCACAUAAUGGAAUCCGCAAGUGCCACGACGACCACUUCAACUGAGGACUUGUUACGCCAGUCGAUGUCGGAAGGGCCUGGCGACAAUGCGGGAGACACCAUCCGUCCUUUGUAUGCAUAUUCCGCUGCUUCACUGGAAGGUCAACGAAGGCAACAUAUUUGGUGGAAGUCGGAUGAUUACAAGACGAGCAUUGCUUUUAAUUUUCAAGACAAAGCAACGAACAAGGAAGAAGCGUAUAAUUACUUGAUUAAUUAUUAUGGCCGGCAAAAUAUUGUCGCUGCUAAAAUGCUUACGAAUCAGGGUACGGAAGAGCGAGUCAUAGUCAUAGAAGUUGUUCUGGCUAGUGAGCACUUACGAAACGAAGCAAGAAGAAGAGGAAUGAAUAUUGUUGUACGCAGCGGAAAAUGCUGGUUCAGAGGGACUCGUACAUUACAACCGGAUGCCAAAUACACAGUAUUUGAUAUCUGUAACCUGCCUCUGGAAAACCCUUAUACUGUAGUGACAAAAGUACGCAAAGCUAUCGAACUUAGCUAUGCAGAAAAAGCAGAAAAUGUUCUUGAGCUUUAUGCUGAGAAAGAGCCUGUCGGCGAUAUUUACGAGGGACGUAUCUUUGCCUUACUAGAAGGCCACCAGCCGGUUCCUGGACGCCAGGUUUAUAUUUCUGCAUACAAUAAAUUCUACUCAGUAUCAUUCAGUUUUAUGUAAAGAUAAUAAAAGAUGAGUAUCGCUUUA